AUGGCGUCCUCCAGCAAGGCCUGCGCCGCCGCCCUCCUUCUGCUGCUGGCCCUCGCGGUGGCCACGGCGGCCGGCGCGUCGAAGCGGAGCAUCGCGUCGGAGGCCAACCCGAGGCCGGUGGGGAAGGUCAUCGUGACGGAGCCCCCGGUCCCGACGUCGGCGCCGGCCAGCGCCGCGAAGUGGAGCAUCGCGUCGGAGGCCAACCCAGGGCCGGUGGGGAAGGUCAUCGUGACGGAGCCCCCGGUCCCGACGUCAGCGCCGGCCAGCGCGGCGAAGCGGAGCAUCGCGUCGGAGGCCAACCCGAGGCCGGUGGCGAAGGUCAUCGUGACGGAGCCCCCCGUCCCGACGUCGGCGGUGGUGGACGUGUCGGCGACGUGCAUGGGGUCGCUGCUGGAGCUGAGCCCGUGCCUGGCCUUCUUCAGGGACGCGGGCACGUCCAAGGCGCCGGCGGGGUGCUGCAAGGGCCUGGGCAGCAUCGUCCGAGACAAGCCGGCGUGCCUGUGCCACAUCUUCAACCGCACCCUGGAGCGUGCCAUCGGCGUCGACAUCCCCGUCGACCGCGCGCUUGCCCUCAUGGGCGACGUCUGCGGCCUCACGCUGCCGCAGGACCUCAUGAGCAGCUGCGGCGACAACGGCGGCGUGCCGCCGCUGUACGUGUGUCCGGCGCCCUCGGCCUGA